CUCAGACAGAAGCUACUCGCACGCUCUUGGAGUAACAGAUCGCAGCUGUCAUCAUGAAAUUCCUGGUUAUUGCCUUUGCCGUCCUGGCCUGCGCCUAUGGCGAUGUCUCCCACCUGGGCUACGACUACUCUCCCCCGGCUCCGGUCUACCAGCCUGCUCCUGCUCCAGUUGUGAUCCCAGCUCCCGCCCCGGCUCCCAUCGUGAUCCCCGCCCCUGCUCCCGCACCCGUGGUGAUCCCCGCCCCCGCCCCAGUGAACACCUACGUCCCACCUGCACCCAUCAGCAUCCCAGCUCCAGCUCCGGUCUACCACCCAGCUCCAGCCCCCAUCAGCAUCCCUGCUCCUGCUCCCAUCAGCAUCCCUGCUCCUGCUCCGAUCAGCAUCCCUGCUCCUGCCCCCAUCAGCAUCCCAGCUCCAGUUGAGAUCCCCGCCCCGGUGAACACCUACAUUCCCCCUGCACCUGCGCCAGCUCCGGUCUACCAGCCAGCUCCUGCUCCCAUUUCCGUGAGCAUCCCGGCUCCAGCUCCCGUUUACCAGCCAGCUCCUGCUCCCGUGGAGAUCUCUGCUCCUGCUCCAGCUCCAGUGUACUCUGCUCCUGCUCCCGCCCCCGUAUACUCUGCUCCCGCUCCAGUGUACUCUGCUCCUGCUCCAGCUCCAGUUUACUCUGCUCCUGCUCCCGCCCCCGUGUACUCUGCUCCUGCUCCAGCUCCAGUUUACUCUGCUCCUGCUCCAGCUCCAGUUUACUCUGCUCCUGCUCCCGCCCCCGUGUACUCUGCUCCCGCUCCAGUGUACUCUGCUCCCGCUCCCGUUUACUCCGCCCCCAACACCCAGGUUCUGGAGGAGAUCGAGCCCGCUUCCAACGAGGGAUACCGCUACAAGACCGUGCGUCGUCGCGUCUACCGUCGCCGCGUCUAAACUUACCAAAGCCCCACGAAAACUGUUUCCUAACGAAUCCCCAAUCCCCACGGGGAGUCGUAAUAAAAAAUUUCCGCCUUCAAUUUGUUAAACAAAAAGAAAA